AUGGCAGCCAUGAACUCCAGUGUUUUGGCAUGCAACUAUGCUAUCUCAGGCACUGGAUCAUCUGAGCUUAAUGCCAAACUUGCUUCAGCGCCAUCAGUUGCUUCCCCAGUUAUGUGCGGUGGUCGCAAGUUGCCUGUGAUCAGAGCCCAGCAGACUAAAUUUUCUGAUUCCAAAGGAUCAGGUGCCAGUGAAGGAAGAAGAGCUGCUGUGCUCUACUUGGCAGCUGGCCUUUUCACCACAGCUGUUGCUUCUUCUGCAAAUGCUGGGGUCAUUGACGAGUACCUUGAAAAGAGCAAAGCUAACAAGGAAUUGAAUGACAAGAAGAGGUUGGCAACAAGUGGAGCAAACUUUUCCAGAGCAUACACUGUUCAAUUUGGCACUUGCAAGUUCCCUGAGAACUUCACUGGCUGCCAGGAUCUUGCAAAGCAAAAGAAAGUACCAUUCAUCUCUGAUGAUUUGGCCUUGGAAUGUGAAGGGAAGGACAAAUACAAGUGUGGUUCCAACGUUUUCUGGAAAUGGUGAUGCGAUCCAAAUGUAUUUUUUCACUUAAACUAUCCACUCUACCUCAACAUGUAUCUAAUUUUUCCAUUUUAGGAGACUUCCCUAUCCAUUUGUUUUGUUAGCUUUCCCUAUGGUUCUGUUAUAUUUCUCUUAUAAAUGGUUGAUGGGAUUGCUAAA